AAUACGUCCACUGGGUCCAUAAGCAUCGGAUAGUGGUCUACCUCAGCUUAACAGUUGCAGUCACAGUCGGGUGCGUUACGCACAGCAGAUAACAUAAAAACAUGUUGAAAGUUCUUCUGGGACUAGCCGCGCUGAGCAUCGUGCUCACGGUGGCAACAGGACAGACAACAACUGCUGCACCAACAGAAACUCCCACCGCCGCCGCAACGACAACAACGAUCAGCUCUAGCACCGCGGCAUCUGGUCAAGCUACAACUACUACCGUCGCACCUGAAUCAACGUCCGCAAGUGUUGAGAUAACGACACCUUCUGGUGCCCCGAAGGAAGUGACAUCGUCCGUUUUACCAGUUCUAUUAGGAGCGUACGUAGUGUUGUCGAUCUUAAUCAAUUAACGUUACAAAGUAUUACGAUGAAUCAUUAAAAGUGAAAAUAUGGGUUAUGAAGAUAAGCAGUGCUGAUGUGGAGUUGGCAGAUGUUUAGUUAUCGAACGUACACAGUUACCCAUUGGCGAUUCUGAAAUGAAAUAAAAUUGCGAGGAAACUUCAAUUACUGCCAAACAUUGUUGCAUGUUUUCUCAUUAAAUCAGAUUAUAUCUCUCGACGCUUGCUUCCAGAAAUUGUAUAAAAAUGGUCAACCAAAGCAAAUUGAGAUGAUUGCGUCGACCGGUGCAUUUAACAACAACAUUUUUUGUUUGCCAAGUGUUCUGCUGCUUCAUAGUUCCAGAAUUGUUCUUGUGACAACCACAACCCCUGAGCCAAUAUUUUGAUUAAACACAAGCGAUGGUUAAAUUUUCCAAAAAACCCUAUUCAUCGAUGUCUCUAUUCACCUUUGACUGUGUGGUUUACGUAGGCUUGAUUUUUUUAAAUAAAUAUUGACACAAGCUACAGAAACAUGCUUGAGCGAAUCAUUCCAUGGCACGUUCCUCUCAUUUUCGAGACCUUUUUUGACGUCUACCUUUGGCCACUUUCUGCAGCUUUUUUUAAUAUCUGAGAAGAGUAGAAAAUUGGGUUAAGUGAACUAGCGUACACUGUUGCGAAAAUCAAGCAUUCUUACCCAUACAUGCGUAUUUGUCAGAAUAAAGAUAACGCAAAAAUAAGCAGCAAUACUAUCAAAGUCAAUCACUCCACACUUGUCGCAAUACUGCGAACACGGUCCGGCUUCACCUUCUAGUGCAAAAGAUACACUCAACAUGGAUAGGUUUAGUGGGCUGAGAAUAGAUAAGCAUCGAUAUAAAAAGCGGAGUCGGAAGUUUUUAUAGGCCAGAUGGACUGUAACCUUACACGAAAUGAAUUACACUCCAAAGCGAGCCAUUUUCGCAUUGCUUUUGCUGUGCAUCCAACAAGCACAAUCUCUCCAGUGCUAUGGAUGCUUGAGCAACGUGAGCUUUGACAAUUGUUCCGAUAAAGCCGUCAAGCUGGAUUGUGACACAUAUAAGCCAGAAUUUCCAGAGUUGGCGAACGGAGCAUUUGCGUGUGCGAAAGGCAGUGGUACCGGGCUGCAAGGGAAGAUUUUCAUGAAAACGUGCGUUCCCGAUAUGUCGGAGACAGUUCUUUGCGCCCAGCUUGCGGAGGAGACAUUAGGUGGUAAAGUGGAAGUAUGUAAAGUGUGCAAAGAUAAGGAUCUAUGUAACGCUGGCAGUGGGCUAGCGUUGACAGGAGCCCUAGUACUGCUAACUGUUGGUCUAAUGUUAGGAGCGUGAAGUAUUGGUGUAUCGCUCGUGGGGCAGAGACAAUAAAUAAGGUGACAAAUAAUUAAUCCACUGAAA